ACAACACGGAAGCUCCGCCAUAAUAAUAGACGGAGACGACAAAGGAGCGUCUGCGCUGAAAUCACGGCUCCCUGGGAUCGUCUGGCGCAAAAACAACAACGACGACGAGAGACAGAUGUGAAGGAAGACGGCGAGGAGCCGGUCCAGGAGAAACGAUGUCUUCAGCCGGGUAUCUGAGGGAGAUCAUCCAGCAACGACUCGCCGCCGCUGCUGCAGAGAUAUUCACGGUGUUGGAAAAGACCAUCGUCCACUACGAAGAGGAGAUCGACCGUCAGUGCAGACUGCUGGACAUCGCCUGCAAACCACGAGUGAAGCUCCACAGAAUCGGCGAUCUACAGAAACAUGUCCAGGAGGAGGAGGAGGAGCGGCUAGCUGACCGACGUCUUUGGCACAAGGACAGGAACUUCAGUCAAGAACAGGAGGAACCAGAACCCCUACAGGUGGAAAAGGAACCAGAACCUUCACGGUUUGAAAAGGAGGGACCAGAGUCGCCACAAUGUGAAGAGGAGCAGUUGGAACCAGAACCUUCACGGUUGGAAGAGAAAGCAGAACCUCCACAGUUUCGAGAGGAACCAGAAUCUCUGCAGUUUCAAGAGGAACCAGAACGUCCACAGUUUCAAGAGGAACCAGAACGUCCACAGUUUCAAGAGGAACCAGAACGUCCACAGUUUCAAGAGGAACCAGAACGUCCACAGUUUCGAGAGGAACCAGAACGUCCACAGUUUCAAGAGGAACCAGAACCUCCACAGUUUCGAGAGGAACCAGAACGUCCACAGUUUCAAGAGGAACCAGAACGUCCACAGUUUCGAGAGAAAGCAGAACCUCGUCAGUUUCAAGAAGAACCAGAACCUCUACAGUUUCGAGAGGAACCAGAACCUCUAAAGUUUCAAGAGGAACCAGAACGUCCACAGUUUCGAGAGAAAGCAGAACCUCAUCAGUUUCAAGAAGAACCAGAACCUCUACAGUUUCGAGAGGAACCAGAACCCCCGCAGUUUCGAGCGUAUAGAUGUGAAGAAAGGCUGAAAGAGUCUCCGGGACAUUGGAACCCGUACGAAGACGUCUAUCGUCAGCCUCGGCCGCGAGAUAUCAACUGGAACCCAGAAAUACGGCUACACAGAAUAGAUUUUCCCCAGAAGAGAAGCUGUAAGGAGGUGGAAGUUCUCUCUGACCAGCGGCUCUGGAGGUCUGGUCUGGACCGGGAGAGGGGGUCCGGUCUCGACCUGGAGAGGGGGUCCGGUCUGGUCCAGGAGAGGGGGUCCGGUCUGGACGGGGAGAGGGGGUCCGGUCUGGUCCAGGAGAGGGGGUCCGGUCUGGACGGGGAGAGGGGGUCCGGUCUGGUCCAGGAGAGGGGGUCAGGUCUGGACCUGGAGAGGGGGUCCAGUCUGGACUGGGAGAGGGGGUCAGGUCUGGUCCAGGAGAGGAACCUCAGUCUGGACUGGGAGAGGGGGUCCGGUCUGGACGGGGAGAGGGGGUCCAGUCUGGACCUUGAGAGGGGGUCCGGUCUGGACUGGGAGAGGAACCUCAGUCUGGACUGGGAGAGGGGGUCCGGUCUGGUCCAGGAAAGGGGGUCCAGUCUGGACUGGGAGAGGGGGUCCGGUCUGGUCCAGGAAAGGGGGUCCAGUCUGGACUGGGAGAGGGGGUCUGGUCUGGACCAGGAGAGGGGGUCAGGUCUGGACGGGGAGAGGAACCUCAGUCUGGACCGGGAGAGGGGGUCCAGUCUGGACUGGGAGGAACCAGAACCUCCACAGAUUAAACAGGAAGAGGAGGAACUCUGUAGCAUUCUGGAGCCGCUGGUUCUGAAGCAGGAGACUGAAACCUUCACCUUGACUCCCCCGUACCAGGAACAGGACUUCACUGAACCAGAACCAGAACCUGACACAGACCAGCUCCCCUCUCAGAACCCGGAUCAGGACCGGAGCAGGAAUCUGGCCCCGGGAUCAGGACCGUUCGUCGAGACCGAACCAAACAUCCAGUUCCCCAGAUGUGACGUUUGCGGUAAAACUUUCUCGUCCAAGUACAACCUGGGGCGCCACUCCAGAACCCACCGGACCAGGAAGCCCCAUGCCUGCCGGGCCUGCGGCGAGCGCUUCGCCCGGAAGUACCAGUUCCUAGCCCACGCCAAGACGCACCCCGACAUCAAGCCGUACUCCUGUAAGUUCUGCGGGAAAAGCUUCUCCCACGACAAGAGUCUGCUGCAGCACGUGGUUUUCAAACAUCCGAAGGAAAACCCCUUCUCCUGCGACACGUGCGGCGAGACGUUCAAACUCCGGCAAAUGUUGUUUUACCACAUGAGGAUCCACCGGCCAUUCGCCUGCGAGGUCUGUGGGAAGGCCUUCUUCAGCCGAGAGCUGGUGACCAAGCACAUGCAGGUGCACAACUGCAGCAAGACGUUCAGCUGCGACUCGUGUGGGAUGAAGUUCAGGCAGGAGCGAAACCUGAAGAGACACAUUAAAAUCCACCUGGGCCUGUUUUUUACGUGUAAAACGUGCGGGAAAAUAUUCCAACAGCACCGCAAUCUGUUGCUCCACAUGAAACGUCACUUGAAAGACGGACCGGACUCUUGUAGUUAACGAAGUUACUUCCAUCCAUCCAUUUUCUAUCCCAGCUGAUGGAUGGAUGGAUGGAUGGAUGGAUGGAUGGAUGGAUGGAUGGAUGGAUGGAUGGAUGGAUGGAUGGAUGGAUGGAUGGAUGGAUGGAUGGAUGGAUGGAUGGACUGAAGCUUUCCAGAUAGCAGAACGGUGGAUGGAUGGACGGACGGACGGACGGACGGACGGACGGACGGAUGGACAUGAGGAUCCACCGGCUGUUCGCUGGUGAAGUCUGUGGAAAGGCCUUCUACACCAGAGAACAUCCAUCCAUUCUCUAUCCCAGCUAAUUUCAGCCGAGCCUAAGUUACUUUAAUUAAGUAUUUUACUAAUUUAAUUUCAGAACAUGCACUAUUCUAUGGUCAUUUUAUUUUGUGAUGAUUCCGUUAGUAACAGUUCUUGGUUUUUCAUCAUUUCCAUAAGUGACCUACUUUAAUCUUAAAAUAAAUGUAGAAGUGUAGUAUAUUUUGAAGUAUAUUUUUUCAUCUUGCAUGUUUUGGAUUUUCUGCACGAUAAAUAAAAAAAAAAUCUGGUUUACAAACUUUAGUAAAUGCUUUGUGGGCUUGUUUUAUUUUAUUUAUUUUUUUCCAAACUAUGUUCAACAAAGUUCUGUAGGGUAUACAAUAAAAAAAACAUGAAACAAAACAAUAAAUUAUCUACAGAUAUUCAACAUUUGGGACAGUUGAGACAAAAUAAAAUGAUACAUUUA